GUCAAAGGUCUCUGUAUUUAUGCAAGGCCCUAAAGGAGAAGCAGCCAUUUACUUCACCACUUGCUAAUAUGGUUACAAGAGGAGCAUAGUUAAGAAUUACAGUCAGUUUUGGACAGUAACUGCCCAGGCGCUGAGAAAUCGUUUGUGUUUUUGUCAAAAUACCAGCAGAGGUGAAUGUACAGAAUGUGUGCCAGUUAGGAGUCCUGAAGACGAUGAAGCUUUUCUCUCUUAUCUCAGACCACUUGUUGCUCUGUGUCUUCCUGAGUCUACUUUGGGGUACAACUGACUCCACUACAACAAUCACAGCGACCAAGGCAACGACAGUGACAGCAAGACAAAGUGCAGCAAAAACAGAAACAACCACAAGAACAACAACCAAUCUGGUGACAGCUACAACACAAAAAACAACUCCAAUAGCUAAAGCAGUACAAAAAAACACUCCACUGGCUCCUACAACCCAAAAAAACACUCCACUGGCUCCUACAACACAAAAAUUUACUCCACUGCAUCCUAAAGUAGAAAACAAAACUUCACUGGCUCAAAUAAAUCUCACUUUGCUGACUUCAACAGGACAAACAACUGCAGCUACAACAACAAAAGCCCCUCCAGAUAAUGUCAACAGAGUGAAUGUGACCACACAAACUGAGAAUAGUAUAACUCUGACCUGGAAUAAGGUUAACAACAUCCCAACAUACAUCCUGCAAUAUGGUGAUAUAACAGAAGGUAUUAGUAACACUGAAGAAGGACCCAUAGUACAUGUGGUCACUCCUCUGACUGCUGGGACAAACUACACAUUCACUCUCUUCACGUCUGAUGGACUCACCAGCAGUGGAUACAGAUUCAGUGCUGUGACAGUCCCACCAGUGGUGCCUUGGGUCAAUGUGACUGAACGAUUUACUGACAGCAUAACUCUAGAGUGGGAGAACAUGAAUAAAGCCUGGCAAUACCAGCUUCAAAUCAAUGGUGGUGUGUCAGGUACUGUGUCAGGCAGAUCCACAGAUACAAUCAGAAAAGUAGUGACAUCUCUUCAGCCUGGAACAGAGUAUGAUUUCAGCUUAACCACAGUGUUCACUGGACUCAGGAGCACUCCUUAUACGAAUUUCACAGUAACAGCCAUAGACUGUGCCAGUGCAGACUGGAAAGUUACCAACUCAUCAAUCAAAGCAAAGAUUGAAGGCUUGUUUUCUAAAGCAACCGCCCAUUAUGGAUCUAAAGUUUAUGUUAGUGAUGGACAUGAAAAUGUGUCAUUUACUGGACUUUACCCUGGUGCCACCUAUAAUAUUUCUCUUGUCUAUGAAAAGUCUUCCAGAGUUUUCCUGCAGUGUGAACACAAAUUAACAAUUCUUCCUCCUAAUCUAAAUGCUCACUGUGAGUACUGGGCAGCUGGAUACUCUGUUCUUAUUAAAUGGACAGACCCAGAGGGCGAGUGGACUAAUGCGGAGGUGAAUGUGACUGGAAAGACUCACACAGUAGCUAGUCCUGAAACUAAAAUCAUAAUCGAUGGAUUCCAACCUGCCAAAAAAUAUAAGGUGUCUGUAAGUUCACUGUCUGGGGUGAGGAGGAGUUCUGAACCGCAUGUUUUUUACUGUCAGACUGAUCCAAGGGGGUCAUUUGUGAUGAGACUCUUCCGCCAUCUAGUGGUCUUCAGUCCUUACUGCUUUUCUACUGGUCUGCUUCUGUCUAUCUACUGGAGCAGGAAGACGGCAAACAAACCAGAUGUCUCCGUGGAGAUGACCAAGUGCGAUGGAGGAGGUGAUGAAUUAUAUGAAGACUAUGACGAUGUCACAGUGCUUGGCACCGAGCAUGACUUCUAAGCAGAAGAGACCAGUUAUGUACUUGGUUAGUUUGAAAACUAGAUAAAAAUAUUCACUGUACAAGUACUCAGCUUAGAUGAAAAAGUACUCAGUUUUAGGCAAGAAAAGUACUAGUUUCAUAUGGCUAAAGUACUGGUUUAGUUUAGUUUAGUUUAGUGCUCUCUCUGCCCUGUCUUAGAAACCACACUCUUUCCUAUGGAGGCAAUGUAAUGUGAGGAGCUGUCCAGUCAGCACUUAGCUUUGGCUCAAAUUGAUGCAGAAGACACUGCCAGUGCCAAAGUGCCUUUUGACUUUGCUUCAUGUGAUCUGUGUGUUUGUGACCACUUAGGCUUUCUCUGAGGAGAAUCUAUGAAUUGCUUUGUUGACCAGCCUCUGCUGUGUUUGUUCUUGUGUUAGUAGUAGCAGCCUGGCACUUACUUUAAGAUUAAUCAUUAAUAAAAACCUUUUGUUUUUGCUCGUCAUUGUGUCUCACUGUCUCCUUUUCAAGACACUUUUGUUACUUCUCCACAUAUCCUGGGCUUAAGGGAACAUAACUCUUGGCCCACCUGGUGGUCAAGA